AUGGCACCAUACGGACAGGUGGUGGUUGGCCCACCAGGGGCGGGAAAAUCAACAUAUUGCUUGGGCAUGAACCAGUUUCUAAAUGCUAUAGGAAGACAUUCAGUUGUAAUAAACUUAGACCCGGCAAAUGACCGGCUUCCAUACGAGGCAACCAUGGAUAUUCGAGAUGUGAUCACAUUAGAGGAGAUCAUGGACAACGAGAACUUGAAACUUGGGCCAAACGGAGGCUUGAUGUAUUGCAUGGAGGUGUUUGAAAAAAGCAUAGAUUACUUCAUCAAUAAAAUUCGAGGGCUUACAAAGCUAAGUAUGGACGGAGAUUCGACAUAUGUGCUUUUUGACUGUCCCGGUCAGACGGAGUUGUACACGAACAAUCCGAUUUUCACGAGGAUAUUGCGGAAGUUGGUGAAAGAGCUCGAUUUUAGGCUUUGUGUGGUAUCCUUGGUCGAUUCCAUAAAUGUGAUGACUCCCUCACAGUGGAUUUCCUCGUUGCUGCUAACAUUGAGAGGGAUGCUUCAGCUAGAUCUUCCGCAGAUCAACGUGAUUUCAAAGAUCGAUCUUUUGAAAAAUUACGUGGAGAGUGAUAAGAUGGAUAAAAGCGAGAAAUUGAAGCAUCGCCAGCUAGAUGAUGUGAAAAGCGAAGUUGCAGACGAUAAAUACAUCCGGGGAGGGUUGCCGUUUAAGCUCCAGUACUACACGGAGGUGCAGGACCUCGAGAAGCUUAUUCCCUACAUAGAGCAUGAAAACAACCAGAUUCAUCAUGCUUACUUCAGCGAGAAGUACGCAAAGCUAACAGAGGCAAUUGCAGGGCUCAUAGACGACUUUUCGCUGUUGCAGUUUUCGGUGCUUGCAAUCGAAGAUAAGAUGUCGAUGAUCAAUUUGCUUUCCCAGAUCGAUAAAGCAAACGGAUACUGCUUUGGAACAAAUGAAAUCGGGGGCGAUUCUAUCUGGAUGGACUUGCAACGGCAAUCCUCAAUGGGAUUUACGGAAGAUAUUGAUAUUCAGGAGCGUUGGAUUGAUGACAAGGACCGGUAUGACGAGGAAAACGCAAAAAGGGAAAAAGAGGCCUUGGAGGAGGCAGAGAAGUCCGGACAGCCAAUCAAAACGUCGAAUAAGGACGCGGAGUGGCAGCAGUCGGUGAGCCAAUGGGAGGGGAGGAACAAGCACAAACUGGCUUGA